UCCUCUGACCUUCCUCCAUCCUUGCUUCCUCCAUUUCAUCUUUCCCACACUUUCUCGGGAAAACUCAAACCAAAAAAAUAUUCAAUUCGAUCGGUAUCUAAACACGACCCAUUAUUCCUCGCCUGAUAUCGAACCAAACCCUUGUAUAAAGUUUCUAUUUUGGUUGGGAAAAAAAAUUGGGAUCUGAGAGAGACGACGAUGAUGGCGAGUAUGGAAGGGAUGCUGGAGAUAGGAGUAUUGGACGAUAUCAUCAGAAGAUUGCUAGAAGGUAGAGGAGGCAAACAGGUUCAGCUAUCAGAGUGCGAGAUUCGUCAACUCUGCUCCAACUCCCGUCAAAUCUUCCUCUCUCAACCCAAUCUCCUCGAACUCCACGCCCCAAUCCGCAUCUGCGGUGAUAUCCAUGGUCAGUAUCAAGAUCUUCUUCGGCUAUUCGAAUACGGAGGCUACCCUCCAUCAGCGAACUAUCUCUUCCUAGGCGACUACGUUGACAGAGGCAAGCAGAGUCUCGAGACCAUAUGUCUUCUCCUCGCUUACAAGAUUCGUUACCCGUCCAAGAUAUAUCUCCUGAGAGGCAACCACGAGGACGCUAAGAUCAACAGAAUCUACGGCUUCUACGACGAGUGCAAGCGUAGAUUCAACGUGCGUCUUUGGAAGAUCUUCACCGAUUGCUUCAACUCUUUACCCGUGGCAGCGCUCAUCGAUGACAAGAUCUUGUGUAUGCACGGGGGGUUGUCGCCGGAGCUGGAGAAUUUGAACCAGAUUCGAGAGAUUGAGAGGCCUACGGAGAUUCCGGACAACGGUCUUCUUUGUGAUCUGCUUUGGUCUGAUCCUGACCCGAAGAAGGAAGGAUGGUCUGAUAGUGAUAGAGGUAUUUCGUGCACGUUUGGAGCUGAUAAAGUCGAUGAGUUUUUGGAUAAGAAUGAUCUUGACCUCAUUUGCCGUGGCCAUCAGGUAGUGGAAGAUGGGUACGAGUUUUUUGCGAACAGGAGGUUAGUAACGAUAUUCUCGGCUCCUAACUAUGGUGGGGAGUUUGAUAACGCUGGUGACUUACUGAGCGUGGACGAGUCUCUUGUUUGCUCUUUUGAGAUUAUGAAACCGGCUCCAGCUUCUAGCAGUCAUCCUCUCAAGAAGGUACCAAAAAUGGGGAAAUCUUGAAGUCUAGUAUUCUCUCUCAAGAUAACGUUUUCACAUCUCAAGCUAGACCUCAAUAGUUGAACUACCACUGUGUGUGUUUUCAGUUUAUGGGUUGAAUGCAUUGAAGAACCCAAAGGGUCCUUACUCAUCAUCAAACAACUUCUGUAAAAAAAAAGUGAGAAAUCAAAAAAUACACACUUAGUUUUCUGUGUGUAGAUGCAGAAUGAUCUUCUUGUCUUCUGCUUCUGGAGAUUUGUAUUUUCCUUGACAGUCUUUUUUUUCUUUUAAUCCUUUUAGUUUAAGUUAGUGCCACUUUUAGAUUUUAUUUCUCGCUCUUGUUUCAUAAACAUUUUUUGCAUAUCAUCAAAACUUGUUCAUUGGUGAAAAGAAAUCAACUUUGCACUGUAUGAGUGCCAAAGGA